UCGACGUGGACGACGACAUGCUGUACGGACCCUUCGCUGAUGGCAGGGCGUGCCCUGCUACUGAGAGCGGUGCUGGGUGUGGCAGGAACUACGGUGCGACGUACAUUUCCGUGUGGCCGCUUGCCCGCGCGCUGGACCCUGCUGUGCCCCUGCUGUUCCCUUCCAUGACGCCGUCGAUGAAGUACGCGGAUCCCGCUGCGGGUGGACUGACGGCGCGGCAGCUGAUCGGCGUCAUUGCCGGCUGCGCUGCAGCAGCUCUGCUGCUUGUUGCUGUGCUGCUGUACUUCUGCCGCAUCUCGCGUGACAACGCGAAUGCACCGAAGGAGCGGACUGACCCCGUGACGCUUGUGUUCACUGACAUCGAGAGCAGCACAGCGCUGUGGGCUGCGUGCCCCGAGACGAUGCCCGACGCCGUGGCGACGCACCACCGGCUGAUCCGCUCGCUGAUAGCGAAGUACCGCUGCUACGAGGUGAAGACGAUUGGCGACGCGUUCAUGAUUGCGUGCAAGAGUGCGUUCGCCGCCGUGCAGCUUGUGCGUGAGCUGCAGCAGGUGUUCCUGCAGCACGACUGGGGGACGAGCGUGAUCGACGACGCAUACCACAAGUUCGAGGAGGACCGUGCCGAGGAGGACGCGGAGUACGUGCCGCCGACCGCGCGCCUGGACGCUGCUGUGUACCGGCAGUACUGGAACGGCCUGCGCGUGCGUGUCGGAGUGCACACUGGGCUGUGUGACAUCCGGCACGACGAGGUGACGAAGGGGUACGACUACUACGGCGGGACGUCGAACACGGCCGCGCGCACGGAGAGCGUUGGGAACGGCGGGCAGGUGCUGCUGACGCGUGCGGCGUACUUUUCGCUGAGCACGGCUGAGCGCGAGCAGGUGGAGGUGACUGCGCUUGGCGCCGUGGCGCUGCGCGGCGUGCCGAAGCCCGUGGAGAUGUACCAGCUGGACGCGGUGCCCGCGCGCACCUUUGCCGCGCUGCGUCUUGAUCGUGAGAUGUGUGAUCUUGACGAUGAGAGUGAUUUGGCUAGUGGUGAUGGCUCUGCAUCCACUGAGCGGAGCGGCCCCUCAGGCUACAUUGCGUCCAUGCUGGCUGUGCUGUUUGGCACCUUUGCAGCUCCGCAGCGACUGAAGGCGCUGCUCCCUUUGUGCCAGCGCUGGAGUGUCCGAAUGCCGAGAGGGGCCGGAGCAGGGUGUGACCAGGACGUCUGCCGUGUGGUGAUUGGGCGGCUUGCGGCGAAGGUGUGCGGUGUGAUUAAGAAAAGUGUUUCUGGAGAUUCAAUUGAAGGGGGACUGCGCACAAUGAGUUUGUCAGAAGGUGCUUUUAUUGGGAGCGAUGGCGCGUUGCGGUUGCGUAGAUUUUCUGUUGAGAGAGCCGGCCUGCUCGGGGAGUUACAUCGGAGAAGUGGCUUUUGCCAGGCGUCCUUGUCCACGGCGGAGGAGGUGUGGUGGAUGGAGGAGGACCCGGUUGCCACCAUUAAAGUUUGCAGGCGUGUGUAA